GACCAGCUCCUCCUACAGGUAGAAAAGAGUCAUUGAUAGGAGGUCAUCCACUCUCUCCUAUUGCAUUAAUGGAUAUACCAGAUGAUAGACCAAAAGUAUCUGAAUUGAUAGAGUUUCAUGAGUUAUUGAUCAAAGGACAACUGGAGGAGUCUCUACCACUGCUUGAUGCUGAUACUAUAAGAAAGAUUAAAAAUGCUGUUAAUGAUCAUGAAGGAAUGUCUCUUCUUAUAAAAGCAUUUGAAGAACAUCCAACACUGCUACAUGAAAUGAGAGCAGCUACUGGAAAAAUAAAAGGUUUGUCACAAAAGACACUAAAGUCUCCUCCCCCAGUAGUACCUAAACCAAGAUCAUUAUCACAAAGUGGACGGCCUCAACCAUUGUCAAUGGCGGAAAAACCCCAACCACUUUUACAAACUACACAACCUCCUCCAACAGCACCUAAACCAAGAUCAUUGUCACAAAGUGGACGGCCUCAAUCAUUGUCAACGGCCAAAAAACCACAACCACUUUUACAAACUACACAACCUCCUCCAACAGCACCUAAACCAAGAUCAUUAUCACAAAGUGGAUGGCCUCAACCAUUGUCAAUGGCGGAAAAACCCCAACCACUUUCACAAACUACACAACCUCCUCCAACAGCACCUAAACCAAAAUCAUUGCCACAAAGUGGACAGCCUCAAUCAUUGUCAACGGCGGAAAAACCUCAACCACUUUUACAAACUACACAACCUCCUCCAACAGCACCUAAACCAAGAUCAUUAUCACAAAGUGGAUGGCCUCAACCAUUGUCAAUGGCGGAAAAACCCCAACCACUUUCACAAACUACACAACCUCCUCCAACAGCACCUAAACCAAAAUCAUUGCCACAAAGUGGACAGCCUCAAUCAUUGUCAACGGCGGAAAAACCCCAACCACUUUUACAAACUACACAACCUCCUCCAACAGCACCUAAACCAAGAUCAUUAUCACAAAGUGGAUGGCCUCAACCAUUGUCAAUGGCGGAAAAACCCCGACCACUUUUACAAACUACACAACCUCCUCCAACAGCACCUAAACCAAAAUCAUUGCCACAAAGUGGACAGCCUCAAUCAUUGUCAACGGCGGAAAAACCUCAACCACUUUUAGAAACUACACAACCUCCUCCAACAGCACCUAAACCAAGAUCAUUGUCACAAAGUGGACAGCCUCAAUCAUUGUCAAUGGCGGAAAAACCCCAACCACUUUUAGAAACUACACAACCUCCUCCAAUAGCACCUACACCAAGAUCAUUGUCACAUAGUGGACUGCCUCAACCAUUGUCAACGGCGAAAAAACCACAACCACUUUUACAAACUACACAACCUCCUCCAACAGCAUCUAAACCAAAAUCAUUGCCACAAAGUGGACAGCCUCAAUCAUUGUCAAUGGCGGAAAAACCCCAACCACUUUUAGAAACUACACAACCUCCUCCAACAGCAUCUAAACCAAGAUCAUUGCCACAAAGUGGACGGCCUCAAUCAUUGUCAACGGCGGAAAAACUCCAACCACUUUUAGAAACUACACAACCUCCUCCAACAGCAUCUAAACCAAGAUCAUUGUCACAAAGUGGACGGCCUCAAUCAUUGUCAAUGGCGGAAAAACCCCAACCACUUUUAGAAACUACACAACCUCCUCCAACAGCAUCUAAACCAAGAUCAUUGUCACAAA